UAAAGUCAAGGAUCAAGAGAAAACCAACCUACCAGAAACAAAAGACAAUGGCUACCAGAAAAUAAAUGCUCACUGGUUUUUCCAGUCUGCACAAAAUCAAACCAAAUCAACAAGGCAGAGCAUCUUUGCACAAGAAGAGGCAAGCAAUAAAGAAAGGACUACUGUUUAUAAUAGUCUACAGGCCAUAAAAACAGAAAGAGAGCUCCAGGAGUCAGACUGGUUUCAUAAUCUAUACAAAUGACAUGAGAUUAUUUGAUUAGAUGGGUUUCUUCUCUGUGUGUGUGUGUUCUUCUAGACAUUACUCAAAGCAUUUAUGUUUGGUGUUAAUGCUAACUGUGUACCUUGUCCCUCUGCUCACUUCAUUCAGCUUUAUUAUUAUUAAGGACAUUCUUUUUCUUGGUUUACAUAUUUAUCUUGGGGAUUCAAGGCAGUUCCACAAUCACUUCUGCUGCUGCCUCAGGAUAUACACACUUGAGAGAGUUCUGCAUUUCCUGUUCUUUUUCAAGGAUUCAAGGUCAGCCAUUACACUUGAAUGAAGGCACCCACUUUUGGUCAUUUUAUCUUCUGUUGGGGUAACAUCUUCGAAUGGCUAGUUCAGUACCGGUGCCAGCCUUUUUCCAGGUCCUGGUAGGUGAGUUCUCUGUGAAACUGAAAAUACCAAGAGCUUUUGCCAACCACUUGAAUGGUCCAGAACUAUGCAAACUUAAAGGCCCUGAUGGAAAAUGCUGGGAUGUAAAACUGGAAGAGAAAAACGAUGUUUUUUUCAUUCAUAAAGGCUGGAAUAAAUUUGUGAAGGAUAAUGUUUUGGCUGAAGGGGACUUUCUGGUUUUUAAUUAUGAUGAAAAUUCGUGCUUCAAUGUGACAAUCUAUGAUGAAAGUGCAUGUGAAAUGGACUUGGAAGUAGCCAAGACAACGAGAAGUGGUGGUGGUCAAAGGAGGGAUCACGUCCCACCUGGGGAGUCAAGAAUCAUUGAGUUCAACUCAGAGAAUUUUUGCUUCAAGAGAAUUAUGGAGAAUUACAGAGUGUAUCAGCUGACCAUUCCUAAAGUAAUAGCGCAGGCUAAGCUUCAGAUGUGCAAGCAGAUUAUAGAGCUACGGGACCCGAGCAAAAUGUCAUGGCCUGUUACAGUGUCUCCGAUGCAAGAUGGCCGUCAUGUUAUGCACAGUGGCUGGCGUGAUUGUUGCAAGAGUAACCAGAUUGAAGCAGGGCAGACCAUGGUUUUUGAGUUUGUGAAGAGACAUGUGAAGCUUCACAUCUAUAGAGCUGAGGGGUGUGAUGUAAUCCUCACAGGUCCUAAUGUUGUAGAUUGAAGGAAGUGCCAGUGCAGAUGCAAAACUUAUUUCAAUUGCUGUGAUUAAUCGGAAUGUAAUAGGAGCUUGAGUAAAGGAUGAUCAUGUAACUUAAGUAAGGAUAUAUUUCAAUUCCAAGACUAUCUGAUUCCUUGAAUACAUUGGUGAUUGUUAUUUGGUAUGUUCUUG